AUGGCGCUUCGUGCAAAUCAGAGUGAAAAUGUCCCAAAGGUUGAGAUGACUGAGGAAGCUCGCAUCAAGCAGUACAAAAAUGUCGCAAGGCACGAGGACAUGCGACGCCGCAGAAACGAAACCAGUGUGGAGAUUCGCAAACAGAAGGGCACCGAGUUGCUGAUGAAACGUCGAAAUCACAACUCGGUGCCCUUCUGUUUGCGAAUCUCCACACUGGUUUCGUUUCUGCGGCGUCGCAUCAAGCAGUACAAAAAUGUCGCAAGGCACGAGGAUAUGCGACGCCGCAGAAACGAAACCAGUGUGGAGAUUCGCAAACAGAAGGGCACCGAGUUGCUGAUGAAACGUCGAAAUCAGUUGGUCGAGGAUGAAGACGAAGAAGGGGAGCUCUCAGAUUUGGAUGUGAAAACGAUGCCUGCAUCGGCUAACAAACUUUCCAAUGAGGAAAUCAUCAAGAUCCUUUGCGACAAUCCCACCCUGGAACAGAUGCGAACUUGUUUCGAGGCACUUCGUCGCACAUUGUCCCGUUCAAAGAAUCCACCGGUUGAUGAAGUGAUCAGCUGUGGCCUAGUGAACGCUUUGGUGCAGGCACUUAGUGUUGAGGACGACAAGGUUCGAUUCGAAGCCGCGUGGGCGUUGACCAAUAUCGUCUCGGGUACAUCAGAACAAACUGUGGCCGCCGUAGAAGCCGGGGCCACUCCUCCUCUAGUCCAGCUUACUCAGAGCCCAAAUCCUGCUUUAGCUGAGCAGGCUCUGUGGGCUGUUGCCAAUAUUGCUGGAGAUUCGGCUCAGCUCAGGGAUCACGUCAUAGGCAAGCUCUCAAUUCCCUGCAAAAAGAAAGGUGGCGGAUGUCAAAUAUUUUUAGGCGUUCUCAUUCUCUUCACGGACUUGAGAUGGAAUAACUGCAAAGGUGUGGAAGCGUUGAUGAGCCUUGUGGAGCGCCUCGAUUCUUUGGAAGUCAGUUGUGCUCGCACUCUUGCGUGGGCGUUUUCCAACAUGUGUCGGCAUAAGAACCCUCAUGCCCCGCUGGCGGUGUUGUCAGUACUGAGCAAAGGACUCGCGAAAAUAGUUGCCCAUGAGGAUAAGCAAGUGCGACAGGAUGCCUGCUGGGCCAUCUCGUACCUAACCGACGGUCCAGACGAGCAAAUUGCUCUCGCGAAGACAAGUGGUGUACUUCCUCAUGUCAUCAAAUUUCUUAGUGACUCUGAUGCAAUGGUGGCGCCUGCUCUUCGUGUUCUCGGUAACAUGAGCACAGGAAACGAUGAGCUAACGCAGUGUGUCGUGGAUUUGAAGACGUUGGAUGAGAUCAUUCCGCUGUCUGAGCGCUCGAGGUCGACCACAGUGGUGAAGGAGUGUUGCUGGCUUGUGUCGAACAUCAUUGCUGGCACUCAGUCCCAAAUUCAAGCCGUUAUUGACGCUGGAAUUAUGCCAUUCAUUAUUGAAGUGUUGCGCUCGGGUGACUUCAAAUGUCAAUUCGAAGCGUCAUGGGCAGUGGCAAAUUUGGCACAAGGCGGUAACUCGAAACAAAUUUUGAGUCUUCUUCAAGACAAUGCCAUUCCCGCAUUGUGUAGCGCCCUCAAACAGAGCAACGUGGAUUUACUCAAUAAUGCACUCGAAACUCUUUACACUUUACUGACUACGGUCUCGACAUGGUGA